UUCUCCCAGCGCGCAGGCGCGGCGGAGUCGCUGCCGGGGCUCUGUCCGCCGCCGUGGCCCGGCGGGCUGCGGCGGGGACCGGCGGCAGUAGCAGCAGCAUGCGGCAGUCCCUGACUCAGCAGCGCCCGGGCGGCGUGGCGCUGCCCGACUCCGUGGGGUCGUUCAAUAGAAGAAAAAGAAAUUCCCUCUACGUAACUGUGACUCUCCUCAUUGUGUCAGUAUUAAUUCUAACGGUGGGCCUAGCUGCUACAACAAGAACCCAAAAUGUGACUGUUGGAGGUUAUUACCCAGGGGUUAUUCUUGGUUUUGGGUCAUUUCUUGGAAUAAUUGGAUCAAACUUGAUAGAAAACAAAAGGCAAAUGCUGGUUGCAUCGAUCGUCUUCAUCAGCUUUGGUGUCAUUGCCGCGUUCUGCUGUGCCAUAGUAGACGGCGUCUUUGCUGCCAGACACAUAGACCUGAGGCCACUUUAUGCGGGGCGAUGUCAGUACUACUCCAAGAGUACGACCCCACCAGAGGCAGUCUGCCACCCACAGCGCCGGGCACCCUGCACACCCAAAAUAAAAACCAACACCUGCUUCUGCUGUGACCUGUACAACUGUGGAAAUCGAGUAGAGAUUUCUGGAGGAUACUAUGAAUACAUUGAUGUCAGCAGCUGCCAGGACAUCAUCCACCUUUACCACUUGCUUUGGUCUGCAACAAUUCUGAACAUAGUGGGGCUGUUUCUAGGGAUCAUUACAGCAGCAAUUCUUGGAGGCUUUAAAGAUAUGACUCCUUCCCUGCCUACACUGAACUGUACGGUUGAAAAUGCACACCCCUCAGUGUCCUACUACUCCAGGCCACAAGUGACAUCUUACAACUCCUACUACCACAGCACUCCUCACUUGCCUCCCUACUCUGCAUAUGACUUUCAGCAUUCCAGUGUGUUUCCAGCCUCUACUCCUUCUGGCCUCUCCGAUGAGCCCCCAUCAAUGUCGCCAUCUCCCAGCUAUAUGUGGUCCUCUAAUGCGCCGCCUCGUUACUCGCCACCGUAUUUUCCACCUUUUGAAAAGCCACCACCUUAUACACCAUAAGAAAAAAAGAUACAAAGAUACUUGCCAUUGAAAUAAUUGUGAACAUUUUGUAUUUAUAUUUUACUGUGGGAGGGAGCAGGAGGGUAGAUACAGAAGAUAAUUGCAAAUACAAAUAUUAGAGUGGACCGUUCUUUCGUGUGAGACUUAUUUCAGAGGUUUAACAGUGGAGUAUGAGGAAGGGGGCAUACUGCUGAUGUUUUGCAGUGUUGGUGAGUAGUGGGUGAAUCUAAAUUCCAGCCUCCUUGUUUUACUGUGAGGUCCACAUAGUCCUUGAUUUUUAAUAAAGCAGUAUAACACAGAUGAUAGACUCUGGUCUGCCUUACUCCAUCUUGUGUUGAGCUGAAGUAAGGGUAGCCAAGAUUGAUAGUUGCUGGAGAGUAUUGAUCUGUUUAAGGUCGAAGGUGCUUGCAGACAGCUCAGCUUGAUGCUUGUUUUGUUUGGCCUUGGGGCUUCAGCUGCUGGGAUUUUUUGGGGCCUCAGAACCUAUCUCACAUCACUUGUUGGUUACAGCCUAUGCACUGGAAAAAUCUUGGGGGGAAGCGUGACAGCAUCUCAAAGUUUUACACUGAUCAAAAAAGGU